ACGCGGGCGACGCGCGCGCACGGAGACGCACCGCGUAAUAUCUUCCCGGGGCGCGCGCGAACGCGGGAGGACGACCGCGGCGCGGCGCGGCGGCGUGACCGCGAGCUGGAGGACGCCGCGACCUCGGCGCGCGAUUCCGGAAUCGACGCUUCGCUCUCGUCGCUCGUCGCUGCAAUUAAAAUUAUCUAACGAGAAUCCCUCGCGCGCGCGGGAUUCCGACGGUCCCUAGACGGGGUUGAGCGAUCGCGAUGCCGUCCAACCGCGAUAAAUACGCGAUGGAGUCGGACAGCGACAGCGACGGGCGGUUCGACGACGGCUUCGGCGGCGCCGUGAGCGACGGCGAGAUCACCCUCCCCGGCCAGGUCGCGAUGCCCGGGCCGUCGGGAUCCGGGGGGGGGCGCGAUUCCUCGUCUAAUUUAGAACGAGAUUCUCUCUCGAGAAAGUUUGGCCACGAGCUCACGGACGACCAGCGACGCGUCAAGUACGGCGGCGGCUCCCGCAACGCGUCCACGGACUCGCUGACCGCGCUGGAGAAGGAGAAGAGACACGAGGACCGGAUGAAGAACCACCCGCUGUUCCGCGAGAAAGGGAAGUACAUCAUCUCCCCGCGCGCGUGGUACAUGCGGCACUGGGACGUGGUCAUGAUGGUCCUGCUCAUGUUCACGUCCAUCGUGACCCCGGUCGAGGUCGCGUUCCUCCCCACGAAACUGAACGCCCUGUUCUUCAUCAACCGAUGCGUGGACUUUCUGUUCGUCUGCGACAUCGUCUUGAACUUUUUCGUCGCCGUCCCGAACCCGGUGGACGGGCAGCUCAUCUUCCACCACGGGACGAUCAUUCGGAUGUACCUCAAGGGGUGGUUCCCCAUAGACGUCGUGUCCGUGCUGCCGUACGACCUGAUCUCGCUCCUGUCGGAUAACUCCUCGGUGUCCAACUUGAAAAUUCUGCGCAUCUUACGUCUCCUGCGGCUCAUGAAGCUCCUGCGCGUGCUCCGCGCCGGACGAAUCUUCCAGAGGAUCGAAGUCUUGUACACGAUCGACUACUCCCUCCUCGAGCUCUUCAAGUUCGCGCUCCUCGCGGUGAUGUCCUCGCACUGGAUGGCGUGCGCGUUCGGCAUGGUCGCGGACAUUGAAGACAGCGACUUUAGCUGGCUCCAUUACACGAGUUUCAACUCGUACUUAGUCAGCGGAAGGCUCAGCGAGGGCCAAGACCCGCGCGGCAUCGUGCCGUACGUCGAGCUGUACGUCGCCGCGCUGUACUGGUCCGCGAUGACGAUGAGCACGAUAGGGUACGGCGACAUCGUGCCGAGCACGACGACGGAGAGGGUGUUUGUUUCCAUCGCGAUGCUCAUCGGGGCGUUCAUUUACGGGUACAUCAUCGGCGCCGUGUCCAACGUGAUUCAGACGCGGAAUCAAAAGGUGAACCGGUUCUAUCAGCUCAUGGGCGAGCUCAACGCGUUCGUCGCGGAGGGGAACAUCAAGCAAGAGCUCAGAGUGCGUCUGAGGGAGUAUUUCAAGUAUCGGCUGUCGCACUCGCAGGUGGAGGAGCACACGAACCUCCUCACGCAGCUCUCGCCGGCGCUCAGGGGGGAGAUCACGAUGCAGAUGAACACGUGGAUCUCGAAGGUGGACUUCUUCAAGGAGUGCCCGGAGGCGCUCGUGAUUCAGCUCACGAUGAGCGUCAGGGAGCAGACGUUCCCGCCGCAGGAGAAGAUCUUAGUGCCCGGGGAUUGGUGCGACCGCAUGUUCAUGGUACGGAAAGGCGUCGCGAUCUGUCGCCAAAAGAUCAUGACGACCGGGUCCGUGUUUUGCGUCGAGUGCCUGUACAAAGAGGGCAAGGUGGCGUACAGCGCGCACGCGGUCACGUUCGUGGAUCUGUACUCGUUCGAUCGCGAGGUUUUGAUGAAUUCGCUGAACUACUUCCCGGACAUGAAGGCGCACUUUUAUAAGCUGUCCGUGAAGCGCGUGUUUUUCGACGAGACGAUGGCGUACUGCGCGGCGUACAAAGAACUGCGCGACAAAGGCGUGCGCGCGGAUUUAUCCUCCGCGAUGGACGAGCGCCCGGAGUUUUACCUCAGGAAGCUGAAGAUGAUAUACGGCGAGGACGGGAAGGGAAUCGUGCGACAGGGCGAAAAGGCGAGCAAGGCGUGGACGGAGAAGCUCAACGCGGCGUCCUACAUCCAGCGGCUGUUCCGCGGCCGCCGGACGCGCAUCGAGCAGCAAGCCAUCGCGACCGAGGCGGGCACCGUGGGCGUGUUCUCGUCGCAGAUCCGAAGGUUCGACCCGACCAACUACGCCGCGCGCGCGAUCGACGUGCUGCACCACCGCACGGGGCAGUCGCUGUACUCGCUGCACCAGAAGAUGGACGCGUUGCUCACGGGCGGGCCGAUCUCGACGCUGAAAGGGGAGGGUUUGAUCGAGGGUCUGAAGUUCAUGACCCCCGCGCCCGCGAGCGUGCGGUCCGGCAGCGCGGCGCCGUCGCGGGAGGCGAGCAUGCGCGGGGGAAUGAACUUCGAGGGCCCCAGGGCGUCCGGCGCGGCGAAUCUGAUGACGCCACCGUUUGGCGACGGCGGCGGCGGCGGCGGCGCGGCAAUAAUCCCGGACGCCGCGCGGAGCAUCAGCAGCGCGAGGAACGCGGCCAUCGCGGCGGAGUCCGCGGCGUCGAGCGCGAGCCGGAGCAUCGAGGAGCUUCGCUCGGAACUUCGCAGCGGGCUCGCGGCGAUGGGCGCGGGCGGCGGUUCAGGCGGCGGCGCGAGGGGCGGCGGCGUCGUCCUCGCGUCCGGCGGCGGCGGCGGCGGCGGCGGCGGCGGCGGCGGCGUCGAGCUCGACAAGCUCGAGAAGUCCGUCGGCGACCUCGCGACGCAAGUCGGCAGCAUCACGCGCAUCCUCUCUCAGAUGUCCGAGGCCCAGAGGAUGUUCCAAGAGCGCUCGCAGCGCUCCAUUCUCGGCCAUCUCGAGCAGGCGCAGGCGCGGAUGGCGGACCAAGUCGCCAAGGCGGUCAACGGCGGCGCGCCGAGAGUCGCCGCGCGCCGCGCGACGCCGCUGACGUCGUUCGCGCAGAGCGAACUCCCGCCGGGGUCCGCGGAGAGGGAUGUCGCGCGGCCGACGCUGACGCGUCGGCCGUUGCGCGGGUCCCCGCCCCCGCCGCCCCCGGAUGAUACCUUAUGA